CAUCGAGAUGGAAUUUUUGAAGAAUCAACUACUGCUGGAUUAUCUGCGAUAAAUAGCGCUUGUUCUGGUGUACUUGCCAGCGACCCCCAUGGAGGGAUUAUUUACGACAAGGGUAACUAUCGUGGAAUUCUCACUGCAGCUCAUGAACUCGGUCAUGUAUUCGGCGCCAAUCACGACAGCGACUCGUGUGCCAUUGAUUCAAUAAUGGCAGAAAGAGAGUCACCAAGUAAGAAGACAUGGUCAGAGUGUUCAAAAAAACAAUUCCAGGACGCACUUCAGAUAGAAAAUUUUUCAUGCAUGUACAACAAACCCCUUUUGGGAAAUUCUUCUUCGACGAAAGAUCUAGAGGAAUCCGUUGCUGACUCGAAAGUUUUGCUAAUUACUCCAGAUAUUUUUAAUCCUAACAAAUUGAUCGUAAUCUCGCAUAAAAAAAGUUUUAUCAAAGUUUGGCAGAUAGAUCGAGACGUCGAUGAUGAAGAAGUGAAAUAUAAUGAUUUACAUGUAUCAAUUCCCGGUACAACAAGCUUAAUAUUCGAUCCAAGGAUAAUUGAGCCUACUAAAAUGAUUAUUAUUAAUUAUAUUAAGAAUAAAAUUCAUAUUAAUACUGUUGAUUUA